UUUCUCUCUCUCGCUCUCUCUCUCUCUCUACAUUUUUUCUCUCCUCUCCUCUCCUCUCCAGCUCCUCCUGUCUCCGCCCAUGGCAGCGGUGGAGAUGGAAGAGCUAACCUCCGGCGCCAGCGGCCGCAUCAUCCCGGUCUUCAAGAACCUCCGGCGGUCCGUUUUUUCCUACGACUCUUUCCGGCGUUCUCUCAUUUUCAUCCAAUCGAUCUUCCUCUGGUUUCUUCUCCUCCUUCCCCGCCAACGCCUCUCCUCCGCCUCUCAGCCUCCCUCUCCGUCGUCUUCCUGGCCGUCACUGAAGCGGAGGUUCGCAAUCAGGAGAGAGGAAGAGGAUACUCUGCGGCGUCGAGCCCUUGCGGAGGGUUUGCAGAUGGUGGCUGAAACCGACGACUGGCCCAGCCGGUGCCAAUGGAGUACGUCUAUAUUCUUCGGAGUGAAACGCAACGCUUUGUUUUGCCGGUCGUGGUUCCCGGUCACCGGUCAACUAAAGGGUAUUAUGGUCAUUAUACAUGGGCUUAAUGAGCAUAGCGGACGAUAUGCUCAUUUUGCAAGGCAACUAACCUCAUGCAACUUUGGCGUGUAUGCAAUGGACUGGAUAGGUCAUGGUGGGAGUGACGGAUUACAUGGAUACGUGCCUUCACUUGAUCAUGUUGUUGCAGACACUGGGGCUUUCUUGGAGAAGAUCAAAUCGGAAUACCCUGGGAUCCCAUGCUUUCUCUUUGGUCACUCAACUGGAGGAGCUGUCGUUUUGAAAGCAGCUUCAUAUCCACACAUUGAGCAAAUGCUGGAAGGAAUUAUACUGACAUCACCAGCUUUGCGUGUUAAGCCAGCACAUCCAAUAGUUGGUGCUGUGGCUCCUUUGUUUUCGAUGGUGGUUCCAAAGUACCAGUUCAAAGGUGCCAACAAAAGGGGCAUUCCAGUUUCAAGGGAUCCCGCAGCACUCUUGGCCAAGUACUCCGAUCCAUUGGUCUACACAGGACCCAUGAGGGUUCGAACAGGCCAUGAGAUCUUGCGUAUCUCCUCUUAUUUGCUUCGGAACUUCAAGUCCGUGACGAUCCCAUUCUUUGUCCUCCAUGGAACUGCAGAUAAAGUAACCGAUCCAUUGGCCUCUCAGGAUUUGUACAACAGGGCAGCCUCAGAGUUCAAGGACAUAAAGCUCUAUGAAGGGUUCUUGCAUGACCUGCUCUUCGAGCCCGAGCAUGACGAAGUUGCUCAGGAUAUUAUAGAUUGGAUGGAGAAGAGAUUAUUAACUUCAUGUAAUCUUGAAAAUAUUAAUAGUCAGUGGUAAUUUUUAUCUUUUUGUUAAUAAAAAUGUGUAUAUAGGGUUUUUCGUGGGAUGGAUCAUGUAGAUGAUUUGUUUCUUGAAUUAGAUUUCGUCUGACCUCUUGAACCUCUUGUAAAUGAAAUCCUGUAUUUUAUUUUAUUUUUGGGUACUACAAAUAGACUUUAACAGCUUUCUGUACUAUGCACAAUCUCCUUUUCGUUUGUAAGAUUGAAUCAUGAAUAUAUAUAGAAAGCAGAAGCUAACAAUUAUGGGUA